UCUGUCAAAAAAUCUUGAUAAACGAAAAAGUCAGCUGAUCGCAACUGUCUCGUUAACAGCCUUAUUGUAACGAUUCAAACAAAUUAAACAGUGAAACGCUAUCAAAGAUGGGAAAAUCAAAGAAGAGAAACAAGAAAGUUUCUAAGUUCCUGAAUGAUAUGCGCAUAGCAGAACAGCAACGGCAUGUAGAACAAGUGAUAGCAUCAUACAGCGGAUCUGCCGGAACAUCAUCGUCAGGAAUCCAACCGGAUGGUUCAACUACCGCCCCCCCAACGAUCCUGACCACGGAAGAUGGCUUCCCCGUGAACACACUAUAUGCCAACUUUGUCCGCAAUCCACAACUCUGCCAGCAGGAGGACGUUGUUCGGAAAAUGUUCGAAAAGUACGGACCGGUGAAAGACGUUCGAAUAAUUGCUAAUAUCAACAGCAACCCGUUCGGAUUCGUUUCGUAUGACCGGUGUGAGGAUGCACUUCGCUGCUUGCUUCACAAGAAGAGGUUUCCACACGUCUAUUUGAGUGUGGCUGACAGCUGGCAGCAGGACGCUUACAAGAAACAAGCCGCCACGAAAUUCGUCGAGUCGGAUUCGUCCAAGACAACAGGAUCUUGUUCUGAUGAGGGUCAAUCCAGCAGUGGAGAAUCGAGCAUACUGCAGCUCAAUGAUGAUUGCCUAACGCUAAUCUUCAGACAACUCGGUUUGAUGGAUUUGAUUGCGCUGAAAAAUACCAAUCAACGGCUUGCGUCCGUCGUGCACAACGUUCUGAAACGGUACAGAUCGUUUGACUUUGCCGAGCCACAUGACAAGCCCAUUCUCACAGUAAUGGACACAAAGAACAUCCUGGAAAAUGUGGGUAAAUUCAUUCAGUGUUUAUCCUUGUCAGGAAAUCGUUUCGCUCACUCGAAAACAACGGCGGCACCCAGGAUUCUAGGUCUGAUUCCACGGAAUUGUUUCCAUCUUAGAGAGUUGGAAAUUCACUGUUUUAAUAUAAAUCCGUCAGUUCUGAAUACCCUGGAAGGAAUUGUAAGUUCACUGGAAGCGUUAACGUUGAAUGACUGUGCUGUGGAUGACAAUGUCGAACGCUGUCUUAACCUUUGCCUAAGUCUGCAGCGUUUACAGCUACGUGCCAACGAUACAAUUACCGGAGCCUGUCUGAAGACGAUUAAAGGCCUCAAAAGUUUGAAUGUGGAAAAUUGUUCUCAACUCGAAGGUUCUAGAUUGUUUGUUUUCUUGCAAAACAAUCCACAGCUUGAAUAUCUCAAUAUUACCGGGUGCCUGGAGCUACAUACAAAUGCAAUCAGUGCUAUUUCCCAUUUAACCGAGCUGACGCAUCUGGCUUGCAACGACAGCUACUCGAAGGUUGCUCCGGUCAGUAUGAUGCUGAUUACCCGAGUUCUCAAGAUCCAAUAUCUCGAGCUUACCAUCAGCAGCACGCCAUCCACGGACCGUAUGCUGCAAAAGUUUUCCAAGCGAAACUGCUUGGAAUAUCUGGAGUUGAAAGGAUCUCUGGUGGACAGGAUCAGCUACAAGAGUAUUUUGAAAAUGACGGAACUGAAGGAACUAAAAAUUAUUGGCAGAGCGUGCUUCGGCACCUUUCAAGACGAGCACCUUGAGGAAUUCUGCAACAAAACUAACAUUGAGAGGUUGCACAUCGUCAGAUGCCCCGGCGUGUCCGAGGAUAAAUUGAUUGAAUUUGUCGAUAGAAACCCACAGCUGACGCUGCUGGAGAUUCCCAGCGUGUUCCUAACGGAAGAGUUCGUCUUCUCGGUGCUCGAUGCGCUGCAUCGAAAUGGGUCGUUCCUGGUAGUAAUUGUCGAUAGCGAGGCAUGGCAACGUUUGCAGGAAAAGGUGGAUGAACUGCCAACUCUGCUGAAAGAUAACUGCCGUCUAUUGAAAAUCAAGGUGGAAACUGAUGGUGACCGCUGAGGCUAUCGCCGCCUUCAACCCGCUUCGUUAUCGAUUUGAGAUAUUAAUUUCUAUUAUAUAUUUGCUUAUUGUUAUAUUUUUGUUACCUC